AUGUUCACACAACCCGUCACUGCGCCCACGUCGCCGGGCCUGUCUGUCACGUCCGCCUCCGCAACCACUGUCUCGCCAGCCUCUCCCACCUCGCGAAGCGGCCGUCUGCGCGGGCUGAGCUACCUGCGAACCUACACCCAGCAGCACCUCCUGAACAGGGACAGUGGCUCUGGCAGUAGCACGCCCACCGCGGCACAACAGCAGUCGCCUGUGUCGCAUAGUUCGAGGAAUCUGCUCACCCGAUCCAUCAGCUACACGCCGACGUCGUCGACAACAAGCCCGGUCAGCGCGACUCCGCCCACGAGGCCUUCCGCGCCAGAACCCGCUGCCGCCGGCGCUGUCACUGCUUCUUCCUCCUCGUCAACCCAGGCGACAGUGGCAGGAGGGUCCAGCAGGACUGCCGUGGCCUCGACUUCGGCCAGCAGGACGACCAACAAACGCCCAGCUCCCCAGAACGAGUCCGCCUCAGACAGCGAGCGAGCCCCACGCACCAGCAUGACGCGCAAUAGAUCUGCGACGGCAUCGGACGCGGCCUCGGCGGGAAGCACUCCCCUCGACAUACUGCCGUCCAUACGGUUUAGCACCUUUUAUGAUCCCAGGGCGACGCGACCAUCCCUGACGUUCACUCCGGUCUCGAGGACGUUACCCACCGGGGGCGAGGUCAUACGAGUGGGACGGUAUUCUGAGCGGGAUACACAACAAAAUGUGCCCACCAACGUCCCGUCCGCCGCUCCUGUCGGCUUCAAGUCCAAGGUUGUGAGCAGGAGACAUUGCGAGUUCUGGUACGAGGAGGGCAAGUGGUACAUUAAGGAUGUCAAGAGCUCUAGUGGGACUUUCCUGAACCACAUACGGCUGAGCCCUCCCGGCACGGAGAGCAAGCCGUUCCCGGUCAACGAUGGAGAUAUCGUACAGCUCGGAAUAGACUUUAAAGGAGGAGAGGAGAUGAUCUUCCGUUGCGUCAAGAUGCGGCUGGAGCUGAACCGUGGUUGGCAGAACAAGCUCAACACUUUUAAUCUGACCACGCACAAGCGCCUACGGAACAUGACCAUGUCGGGCGAGUCCGGCGGUGCGCCACAGACCUCGCAGGACUGCUCAAUAUGCCUGAGCUCGAUAGCAUACCCCAUCUUCAUAUGCCCUAAUUGCCGGGCAGCCGCCGAUCUGGAGGCCGAGGUGGAGGACCCCGAGGAGUGGCAGCAGCUCGGCUCAGACGACGGGCAGGCGAGCGAGGCGCCCGCCGCCGAGACGGCCAUGGCGGUCGACCCGGACGAGACGCAGGCGCUCGAGGUGGACGGCCGGCCCGAGCCCCCACAGCAGCAGCCCGCGCCGGUAUCAAGCCACCCCGUGCAGCACAGCCUCGCAGACUCGGACAUGGAGAUCGACCCGCCGUCGCAGCAGCCGCCACCACCACCACCAGCAGCAGCGCCCGCCGCCUCGUCCCGCCCGGCCUCGGCAGAAGACGCGACCAUGUCCGUCUCCCACGCGACCUCGCACCCGGUGCCCAUCCCCAACGCCGCCGCCGCCCGCCGCGUCGCCUCGGAGGACGACACGGGCAACUCGACGCCCACCAACGAGCAGCGGCAGACCCGCACGCCCUCGCCCGUCAACGGCAACCCGCCGCCCAACGCCGAGGGCCCCAUCACCCCGCGUAACGACGCCGGCCCUUGGGUCUUUGACGGCAGCGGCGUGCGCACGCGGUCCGGCGGCGCUGCUGCUGCCGCCGCCGGGCGGGCGAGCACGGACAGCCGCAGGGGCGAGAUGAGGAGCCUGGACGCGGCGGCCGAGAUGUUGAAUCAGCAAAAUUAG